AUGACAAACUUUCACAUCCCGGAGGUACUCGUCGACCUGCAGGACGCGAUCAUGGGCAGCACUCUGGCCAAAUGUGCAGCUACAGACCUGGGCAUCCAGUGGGCCGGCUGGGCUGUGGCUGCAGCCUUCAAAACUGAGAAGUUCUACGAUUUGGCAGGAUCUGGCACUUUUAUACUGCUCGCCCACCUGAGUCGGAUCUGGGGAGGAGCCAAGCAUGUCCGCCAGAAUGUGCAGACAGGGCUGGUGACAGCAUGGGGACUCAGGCUGGGGACAUUCCUCUUCAUGCGGAUCUUGAAGGACGGUCAUGAUCGCAGGUUCAACAAUGUCAGAGACAGCCCAGGGACUUUCUUUGUAUAUUGGACUAUUCAAGCUGUGUGGGUAUUUAUGACCCUCCUGCCCACCCUCAUGCUUAACAGUGAGAAGCGAGAUGUGCCUCUGGGAACGAGUGACUAUGUUGGCUGGGCUAUAUGGGGCCUUGGCUUUGCCACUGAGGCUAUUGCUGACCAGCAGAAAUUGCUUUUCAAGCGUGACCCAGAUAAUGCAGGAAAAUUCAUCCAGAGCGGACUGUGGGCUUACAGCAGACACCCGAACUAUUUGGGAGAGAUCAUGCAGUGGUCAGGUCUGUGGCUCUCAGCCUCCUCGGUAAUGCAGGGUCACCAGUACCUGAGCGUGGCGUCACCUCUCUUCGUUUGGUUCUUGCUACGUUACGUGAGCGGCAUCCCCAUCCUGGAGAAGCAGGCCAUGAAGAAAUGGGGAUCUGAUCCAGGCUUCCAGGACUACAUCAAAAACACUCCUCUUCUCUGGCCAUUCCCUAAAUGUUGAUGUUUAAACAUAUGUCAUAUUUAAACUUUCAUGUACCAAUAAUUACCUCACACAAAGGCAGAAUACACUCUCAAGUCUUUUGAAUGUAUUGUUUUCAUUAUUAAAAAGGUCUUCAG